UAUACUUGCAAAAUUGCUAGGGUUUUUUUAAUUAAAAUAAAAUUGAUAGGUUAAUGUCAAAUAAAUACAGAAGCACAAGCAGUCGUUUUUUGAAAAAAAUUUUGUAGUACACUGUGAUGAGACCCGGUUUUUUGAAGAUUUCCCCUCUGUGCUUCACUUUUUACAGAGUCGUACGUAUUCAAAUAAACUUUGACAGCAAGUUUACUUGGAAAUGAGAUUAGGAAUAACACGGUGUGGUCACAUGUGUAAGAAGAUAAACGCCAAUAUUCUUGAACCAAAACGGCUGUUGCGACCUCUUGAAGCCUAUGUCCUUUUGCCAGAUCGACUGUGUAACGUGAGGCCAGAUGAAGCUCUGUCACCAUUUACGCCAUGCAUGGUAGACCUGAUUACUACAGCCCUUAAAUGUUGUGGAACUGUUGGUGACACCGCACUUGUCCCAGUUAGCUGGAUGAAGCUAAAACUUGACCCAGACAAAAUGAUCUCUGUAGUCGCAGCUGUGAUCCCAUCCCUUAACGGGCAACCCUGCUACCACAUACUGAAGACACCGGGUGCUGAUAGGAGAUCAAACAAGAGAGACUUGCACAUCUUCGAGACGAUUGCCUGCGUCGCUGAAUGGGACUGUGAAAAACUCCUCAACCUUCAGGUGGUUAUAAUUCUACCUUGGCCGGAUCCCUCCGUUGAUGUAUUUGACAAGUCAAUUUAUUCAUUACCCACUGCUCACAAAAUAAAUAAGGCCAUAUUGGAAGGCGGUCCUGUCACAGUUGGAGGCCAUCAAUCUUUGUAUCGAAAGUACUACUUUGAUUUAAACCAAGUCUGUGCUUGGAACUGUCAAGUACUGUGUGUUUCAGACUGGUUCGCACAAUCGACGGCUGAGCUAACGAUCGCCCUACUGGCUUGCUUAAACAGUGGCAUUUUAAAAGUUCAGUGCAUCGACUUUGCGGCACUUGCGGCGGCCUUGCGCUAUGGAAGUAUUCGUGGAGCCGCAAUCACUACACCAACUGUUUGGACAACGCAGUUGACAGAACUAGAUGAGCUACGCAAUCUCCCUAAUACCUUUGUUCUUCCACCGUCCACCAGCUCUGCUUGUACACCCAGAGAAAUUCGGCAAAAUUUGGCUCAUCACGUUGUGGAACUCAUCGCUGAAUCACUAUACUAUGACAAUGGGAAACAAUUAAAGGAUGUUUCACAGGAUCCAAGACCUUUGGUAAAAAUCCGAAAGAUUCCUGUGCCAAUUCUGACUUCAAACAAUAACCUAUCAGACAGCAGAAAUGAAUCUCCUAUGGAUAAAUACGCACAAACAUUACUGCGAGUCUUACAGAAACUUCCGUUGAACCGGCUGGGAGCUAUACUUCAUAAACACUGGAAACUCAUCUCCGAUGGAGUCAAAGUGCAUUAGAGUCAGGAACCGUAUGUUCUGAACGUAUCAGUUUCAGCAAAGCCUACCCCAACAAUACUGUACAUUGGCACAAAACUCACUUCAAAACAAAGAAUUGUGCAAAAUAAUAAUUUCUUACAGUAUUGGCUACAUUGGGGACUGCUUGAACCUCUAGUUUUAUCAUUCUCGUGGAUAUUGUUAGUUACUCGCUUUAUAGAUUCGGAUAGUUUUAAUCUUUGGUAUUGCCGAUAUCAACUCCGUUUCUCCGGAAAAAUUCACUUUCAACUAGCAUGAUUCUUGCGUGUGAUCUGUUUCUCGGAUCAAACUGGUUGCCCAGGCGAUGUCCGUAUUCUGAAGAUGAAAGCGAUGGAACUGCUUUGGUUGCUUCCUGAAAGCAGAAAAGACAAUUUUAAGCAGUCUAUCAAUGCUAUCCUAAGAAUUCAUUUAAUUUGGCGUUUUAUCUUUGCAAAACACAAUAAACUUCGGGCGGCAGGUGUCGGCAAAACGAUAUAUUUCACCUGUUUACUGAACUGAUUCUAAAAAUGCUGGUGAC